AUGGAGCAAGCUCUUACGCAGGCACAUGACGCACGCGGUGGCUACCACUUGCAUGAUUCCUCAGAAGAAAGGUUCCUUCUAACUCUUCUUCUUCUCUUCGUGAGCUGGCAUCUUAAUUACGGGCGAGACAGGGCGUAUUGUGAGUAUUACGGCUCAGGUGGCUCGAGGAUUCCCUGGCAUGGUCCACACCGGUGCAGCUCGAGCUGGCGUCGAGAACAUGACGAUGACGCUGUCGGUCGAAUGGAGUCCCUACAACAUAAAUGUGAAUGCUGUUGCUCCCGGCGUGAUCGGAGACUCAGGAACGCAUCGCUAUGCCAAGGAGGUCGUGGAAGGAGCCAUCGAAAAGAUCCCCCUCAAGAGACAUGGAAAAGCGGUGGAGGUGGCCUAUCUGGCCACCUUCCUUGCCUCCCCCAUGGCUUCCUACAUCACCGGCCAAGUGUACGCUCCCCCAACGUGUAUUGCCCACUGUCGCUAUCGCCACCUUCCCCUUCUUACAACCCACACCGAUGCAAUGACAGAUACCGUAUUGAUGGUGGCCAGUCUCUGUGGGGCGAUCUCCUCAAUCCACAUGCUAUGGCCCGUCUGUGA